AUGGUGUAUAAUCUGGUCUCUACACCGGACAUUGUGCAACAAGUUAAGCAGAAUCAAUGGCAGGAUCCCCACCUCCAAGGGAUUUGGAUUCGGAUCCAGAAUGGAGAACAAUUUAAGGAUUGGAGAAUCCGGGAGGACGGAACCUUGUUGACGAAGUCUGCGUACUUCAUACCGUUUCGUGCAACGUAUUCUCGGAAGAUUCUGUCAGAAUUGUACCUAGAGCACAUCGUGAGGUUACACGAGGUGCCACUGUCUAUCACGUCUGAUCGUGAUACCCGCUUCAAUGCACGCUAUCAGGCCAGUAUCGGUAUGGUACCGUUCGAGGCGUUGUAUGGUCGUCCUUGUAGGUCACCUGUUUGUUGGUUGGAACCGGAGGAUAGACUUACAACUGGACCGGAUGUCAUUCAAGAGAAUGAUGAGAAGAUAGCUGUGAUUCGAGAACGCCUAUUAACAGCUCAAAGUCGACAGAAGAGCUAUGCUGACAGAAGGCAUAGGCCUUUGGAAUUCCAAGAAGGCGACUUUGUUCUGUUGAAGGUUUCCCCACGUAAGGGAGUUACUCGGUUUGGUGUGAAAGGGAAGCUUGCGCCAAGGUAUAUUGGACCAUUCCCGAUCGUGCAGCGAGUUGGUGUUGUGGCGUAUCGUCUUACCCUGCCGCCUGAAUUAUCUCAUGUGCAUGACGUGUUCCAUGUCUCUAUGCUUCGGAAAUGUCAACCAUAUCCGGAAGCUGUAGUGCAAUGGUAUGACGUUCCGAUACAGGACGACACGACGUACGAUGAGGUACCGGUCCAGAUUAUUGACCGGAAGAUGAAGAGUCUGCGUCAUCGUGAGAUCCCGUUAAUGAAAGUGCUGUGGCAGCACCAUGGUGGUGAGGAAGCAACAUGUGAGCUUGAAACGACGAUGCAGGAAUGUUAUCUGCAUCUAUUUGUAAUUUGA